AUGCGUGAUAAAUACAUUAGCCACAAUAGGGUUAAUGAUGUAAUAAGCCCUUGCGUAUCUCCGACACCAAUUAAUCCAAGUGUUAAGGACAAUGAUGAACUUACACCAUUGCUACUUUCUCAAUCAGUUGAUAAUCAACAAAGCAGAAAAGAUGACGAUUCAACCAGCAUUCAGAGAAAUAUUAUUAAUUUCCCAACAAACAGAAAACCGUCAUUAAAACAAGUAAUACCAUAUUACUUGCCUAUUCUUAAUUGGCUCCCCAAAUAUACCGUUCCGAAGUUUAUAGGUGAUUUUUCUGCUGGUUUAUCGUUAGCUUCAUUCCAAAUACCCUUGGCAAUAUCAUUUGCGACCACAAUGGCCCACUUGGAUCCAUUAACGGGUCUUUUCAGCUUAUCCUUGACACCUAUAGUUUAUAGUGUAGUUGGUUCAAUCCCUCAAAUGAUCGUAGGACCAGAAAGUGCAAUUUCUCUAAUAGUAGGCCAAACAGUAGACCAUCUAGUUAAGGAAUACAACAAAAAUGGCGAGGAAGUUGUGGACCCGCUACUGGUUAGUGCAUCACUAACUUUCAUAAGUGGCACUACUUUGUUUCUUGGGGGAAUUUUAGGGUUGGGAUUUUUAGACAACAUACUAUCACAAGUUUUAUUAAUGGGCUUUAUAUCUGGCGUGGGUAUCACAAUGAUCGUUGGAUCGUUUAUUACCCAAUGCAAACUGGACCACCUAUUUAAAAGCGUACCUGAACAUUAUCAUUCGACUUUUGAUAAAAUUGUUUUUUUAUUUAAAUAUUGCGAUCUUUCGACCAUAGACCGACCAACUGUACUCAUAAGCGUGUUAUCAUUUUCUGCAUUGAUUUUAUUGAGAUGGUUGAAAAAAAAAUUAAGUUAUGAUCGAAGACAUAAAUGGGUAUUUUUCUUUCCGGAAAUUUUAUUUGUUGUUUUACUUUCAAUCUACUUCUCUUGGAAAUGCGAUUUACAUGGUAACUAUGGUAUUUUACUCGUCAAAUCUAUGGCACGUAAAAGGGGUAAAAAAUCCACAAAAUCACCUUCAACUUCAAUAUCUUUAACAAAUAAGGAUUUUGUAUCAUUGUGGAUGCCACCUUUCUCUACUCUGAAUAAAUUCAAAUACGAAUUAUUACAUCCGGGCAUAAUGGUCGCGCUGCUAGGAUUUUUCGAAUCCACAACAGCUUCCAAAUCAUUGGACUCCCUGUAUAACAUUGAACUAUCCUCUUCUAAUAGAGAAUUAGUGGCUUUGGGAUCUUUGAACAUUGUCGGUUCCAUGAUAGGUGGUUGUUUACCCAGUUUCGGUGGAUAUGGUAGGUCUAGGAUCAAUGCCUUAUCUGGAGCUAAAACAACUUUUUCCGGCGGAAUAAUGGGUGUGUUUACAUUACUUACAAUAUUCUGGUUUUUACCUUAUAUAGAAUAUGUGCCCAUUUGUGUAUUAUCUUCCAUAAGUUCAGUUAUAGGGUUAAAAUUGUUGGAAGAAUCUCCACAUCUUUUGAAGUUUCAUUACACUUGCCGUGGUUACUCUGAAUUAUUUAUGUUUACUGCAGUUUUCAUCACCACUAUAACAUAUUCUUUGGAAGGUGGUAUAACCGUUGGUAUUGUAAUUGCUUUGAUUAAAAUUGUCAAACAUUCUACAAAAUCAAGAAUUCAGUUAUUGGGACGCAAAAAUAAUAGUGACAAGUUUGUUCACGUUGAUACUAUGGGUUCCACAAGGGCCAGUCAUCACCAUAAUCAUCAUCAUCAUCAACAACAACAAAGCCGUCAUGAAAGUAUUGUUUUUGAAAUAGAAGGUUGCUUAAUUGUUAAAAUACCAGAACCAUUAACCUUUACUAACUCUAGUGAUUUGAAAAUAAAAUUGAAAAGAUUAGAGAAAUUUGGUUCCACAAAACAACAUCCAGCUGCACCUAGAUCAAGAAAUGAAUCUAUGACUAGAUUUAUUAUUUUUGAUAUUAACGGAAUGACGAACAUAGACUCAUCCGCAGCAUUGGUGCUCUACGAAAUCAUUAAAGAUUAUACUUUUAAGAAAAUGGCUAGAGUCUUUCUUGUUGGUAAGUAUGUUCCAGUUAGAGUCAAAGAUAGAUUAGCCAAUUCUGGAAUCUUGGAAUUGGUACAAUACGACGAAUUUAAUAUUAACGUUGGUGAUUCAAUUUUUAAAAAUAUAAAAAGUGUUUUACAAGUAAUUGAUUAUUUGGAGGCAUGUGGUGAUGAUGAUACCAAUUUUAUUGCUGGAUCCAUAGAUACAUCAAUUUUUAAUUCCAAUAUUGUAUAA